GUUUUAACAUUUUUUCGUUCAGCGAAAACCUGAUUUAUAAAUUCUCGAUUUACAUUGUUUAACUGAUUGUUUGUAACAAUGGACGACAAUAUUCGAUUGUUUCCAAUAACAAUACAAGAGGAAGAAAGACAAUUGAGGUUGGCUCUUCUGCAAAGUUUGGAGGAAUCGCUAGGUGGCAUAAGUGAUGAGUCGGAAGAUGGCGCUAGUGAAGAUGAGUCUUCGCGUGGUGGCGGUAAAGAUCAAACACGCAGCAGUCGCUCGACCGCGUACACGAGGUCCAACACAAUAGGGGUUGCGUCACCGAGUACGUCAUACACGUACACUGAUACGUCACCACAAUCGAUGUUACGUAGGUCGAUGUCUAUUGGAGGGGGUUCCCCGCCGCGACCGACGCUGAAAACCGAUUGUUGCGAAGUGAAGAACGCGUUAUUGGUACGUAACAAAGAAUAUAUACAAUGCCUUGUGACGUCAUGGGGGCGUGUGACGUCACCUCUACACGCAGCCGUGCGGAAAGGUCACGAUUAUUGUUUGGAAGCUUUGCUCAAGGCAUUUCCCGAUCUCGUGAAUUCUACCAACACAAACGGGGAAACUCCCCUUUACUUAGCUGCAAUCCACUCAAAGGUCAGAGCGGCGAAGAAACUUAUCGAGUAUGAGGCGGAUCCUAACAUUGGGCGGAACACUCUAGAGACACCACUGGUGGCCGCUGUGGACAAUGACAACCGCGAGAUGGCGCUGUGUCUCAUUAAAGGUGGCGCUGACGUGAACAAAUCAUUGAACCGUGGAUGGACGGCGUUGCACGAAGCUGUUUAUAGAGGCCACACCCAAGUACUUGAAUUACUUCUCGCAAAAGGGGGAAACCCUAACACGAGAGACGGGUUCGGGAUCAGCCCCGUGUUCACUAGCGCCGCAUGUGGGAGAAGUAUCUGCCUUGAGAUGUUACUUAUAGCAGGUGGCGAUCCUAACCUGUGCGCUAAAAGUAAAUCGGCUUCCCCCUUAUACGAGGCCUGUAAGGAAGGUCAUGUCGAUUGCGUCAUCAGGUUGUUACGUCAUGGGGCGGAUCCACAUUUGGUCAACUGUGACGGAUU